ACCUCGAAGCUGAGUUGACUUCGGCCAAGGCUUCAGGUGACAUUUUGGCCAAGGUCCAAGAGGAGGUCGAUGAGCUUAGGCAGCAAUUGGCCGGAGCAAAGAUGGACAAGGUCAAUCUCGAGGUGGAACUCGAUGCUCUGAAAAACCAGAAACCAGACACUUCCGCAGUCGACACACUCAAGGCAGAGCUCGAGGCGCUAAAGACGAAGCAUGCUGAAGAGCUCGAGGCCAUUCAGGCCGCAUCGCACAAGUCGACUAGUAACCUGGAUGCCUUAACAAAAGACCAUGAGGCAAAGACGGCGGAGCUCGAGACCCUCAAGGAGCAGCUGUCGGAAGCCAGGGAAGACGCAGCUAUCGCAAAGAAGGAACUUGAGGCCAUCAACAAUGACGUUGAUGCAAAGAUGAAGAGCCAUGAGGCCGACUACAAGGAUAUGCAUGACACCUUGAGCCAUCUGGUUGAGGAGCAACGCCAGAAGGUGGAAGCAGCCGAAAAGCAAGCAGCCGACUUGAAGGAAAAGCAUGACACCUUGAGCAACCUGGUCGAACAACACCGCCAGAAGGUGGAAGUAGCCGAAAAGGAAGCAGCCAACGUAAAGUCUAGAUUUGCGGAAAUGGAAGCCCAGUUGAAGGUUAAGGAUGCCGAGAUUGCCGAAGCCAAGGCCCAGGCAACCUUUGCAACGAAGCCCAAAUCUGGCCUUGCUGCAAGCAGAUUUGCAGGCGCUGAAGACAGCACUGACGCCGAAUCGGAACUUCCUGCGUCGGAAGAUAUCACAGUGUAACAUAACAAUCGAGCACAUGAAGGAAAUCGACCGGGAUAUCAGCGAACGAAACCUGCGGUAUGCAGAACCCCCUGACGAAGGCCAGACCACCAGUUAUGGCUUUCGUUUACUAUCCUGGAGGGCAAAGAACAACGUCAUCUAGCGUAGUAAUAGAAGCUGACGUCCAUUUCACAGCAUGCUCAAAUCCAUGACCGACGUCAAGCAGAGCUCUUAGACGGCGCUCUGCCGCUGGCUGCUCGCGAACGCGUCCUUCCACUUUAUGGAUAUUUACGACAGACUUCUCUACACACUUCUUUACAUUCGCGCACUGCUUCGACCCUUCGACGCGGGCUGUGAAUAGGUUGGCUCAUGUUGGCCCACGACCGUAAUCUUCUCUUUUUGAACAACUGAGGCUGUUGUUGGUUCUUUCG